AUGAAUGUUUUUCCAAAAAUUUUAAAACCUGAAAAUUCUGCAUUCAACAAAUUACGUGAUUACGCUUCAAUUAUCAGCGAAAGAUAAGUGUGUGCCCAUUGACUGCUGAAUUUUGGCGCUAUGUGUAAAUACAAAGUUUUGCUACGGUACAAAAUUAAGUUCAAUUACUUUUGCUCAUUAUUAAAAAGCACAAAUAGAGAAAUAAUUUAAAAAACUAAUCACCAAAAAAAUAAGGAAAACAAAAUUAACUUAAGCAGAGUUCAGCGCUCUCGCAAUGACCGGCUUCGAAUUAAUACUUUCUGCAGCACUCUGCCUAUCCUGCACAAACCUUAACGAUACACGUCUACCCGCUAAUCUUAUACAAUUGGAUGAAAAUGGUAAAGUGAUUACGAAGCUACCCGAAUUGGCAGCUGAUGAUUCAACAGUGGAAGAAGGACUGGUUGAAACGGUUAAUUCUAUAAUUCAGAAGGAACAGAAAAUUAAUGGCUUAAAAGAGUGGAUUAAGGGCAGAAAAUUGGUGAUUGCCACACUCGAGGAUUAUCCACUCAGUUAUACAGUGAUUGAAAAUGAUACGCGAGUGGGCAAAGGAGUGGCAUUUGAGUUAAUAGACUUCUUGCAAGAACAACUUGAAUUCACAUACGAAGUGGUGGUGCCGGAAGAAAAUAUUAUUGGCUCAAGAGAGGAUUACGAGAAAAGCUUGAUAAAGAUGCUAAAUAAUUCGGAAGCAGAUGUAGCUGCAGCUUUUAUACCCACCCUCAGUGAGCAGCACAGUUUCGUUUUCUACUCGUCAACGACUUUGGAUGAGGGCGAAUGGAUUAUGGUGAUGCAGCGUCCACGCGAAUCAGCCACUGGUUCAGGUCUGAUGGCUCCAUUCGAUUUUUGGGUUUGGAUUUUGAUUUUCAUAUCCUUGCUGGCGGUUGGGCCCGUUAUUUAUAUGCUGAUUAUAUUACGCAAUCGUUUGACUGGUGAUACGGAGCAGAAACCCUAUUCGUUGGGCCACUGUGCAUGGUUUGUGUACGGCGCUCUGAUGAAGCAGGGCAGCACAUUAUCGCCAAUUGCAGAUUCAACACGUUUACUCUUUGCCACCUGGUGGAUAUUCAUUACGAUAUUAACUUCAUUUUAUACAGCCAAUUUAACAGCUUUUCUCACGCUAUCGCAAUUUACUUUGCCCUAUAAUACCGUUAGCGAUAUACUAUACAAGAAUAAACAUUUUGUUUCGGCACGUGGUGGCGGAAUAGAGUAUGCCAUAAGAAAUACUAACGAGAGUCUCUACAUGCUGUCGAAUAUGAUCCGCAACAAUCAUGCUAUAUUUUCGAAGAGCUCGAAUGAUACUUUUAAUUUGCAAAAUUUUGUCGAAAAGGAUGGCUAUGUAUUUAUACGCGAUCGGCCGGCUAUUCAUCAUUUACUCUAUGCCGACUAUCGUUAUCGAAAAACUAUAAGCAUGACUGAUGAGAAGCUGCACUGCCCUUUCGCCAUGGCUAAGGAGCCUUUUUUGAAGAAAAAUCGUUCCUUCGCUUACCCGAUUGGCUCGAAUUUGAGCGAGCUUUUCGAUCCAAAGCUCCUCAACCUUGUCGAAUCCGGCAUCAUCAAGUAUCUGUCAUCAAAAGAUCUACCCAACGCCGAAAUAUGCCCACAAAAUCUGGCCGGCACAGAACGUCAGCUACGAAAUACCGAUCUCAUGAUGACCUACUACAUCAUGUUUGCCGGCUUUGUCACUGCUGUGGUUGUUUUCUUCACCGAAAUCUUAUUCCGCUAUUUGAAUAGCCGUCGUGAGACUAGCAAGUGGGCGCGUCAUGGUAUUGGACGUACCACCAAUGGACUAGCGGUGCAUAUGCCACGUUGGUUGCGUCAGCUGGAAAUAGAUACCGACAAAAAACGUUUGACUGCUUCAUCCUCGGAGUCGACCAUCACACCGCCACCUCCUUACCAAAGCAUCUUCAGUAACAAUCAUCGUCAUAAACAUCAUCCCGAUGCGUCUCAUCUGGGUAAGGAUGGCGUUUUGAAUCCUUGGCGGCAUCAUGAACAUUUCGGUGGUGGUGGGUUUUUGGGCAAUUACCAGAUGCCAGGUGGUGGUAAUGCAGGUGGUGUGCGUCGCUUAAUUAAUGGCCGUGAUUAUAUGGUAUUUCGUAAUCCAAACGGUCAAAGCCAGCUGGUACCGGUGCGUGCGCCCUCAGCAGCGCUCUUUCAGUAUACUUACACUGAGUAGUAGCGGCGAUGGAGUUAAAGAGGAAAAAAGUUUCUCUACUAUACCGAGAGGAUUAAAAGCUGAACAUAAAUGCAGCCAGCUGCAUGCAUCGAACGGCUAAGGAUGUACGGAACUAAUGCUGAAAUAUUCAAAAGUAGAGAUCCACUUGCUUUGUCUA